UCCACGUGAGAGAGUAAACAGUGAGCGCGCGGAGGGGACAUGGGGCUCCGUGGCGGCCUGCUGGCGCUGUUCGCCGGCCUGCUGUGUGCGUGUCGGGGCUACACCCUGCGGGGGGGCUCCGUGUCCUGGGCCGUGUCCUCCAACGACGUGGUGGAGGACGCCGACCUGUCGGAGGAGGUGGCGCCGGCGCUGCUGGUGGACGGAGCGGGGCUGUGGAAGCAGGCGUACCCGGCCUCCAACGUCCUGGCCGACAGCGCGGAGAGCCCCGGGGGGGAGCUGGUCAAGUCCGAGGGGGACGACGUGGGCCAGCUGUCCUCCCGGCUCUUCUCCUACCGGCUGGAGAAGGUGGAGAAGCCCCCCGGCGGGGCUCCUCCGCCCCCUCCGCCUCACCAGGACACCGCCAGGACGGCCAGGUACAUCGCUCACUUCAGCGACUGGGGACACCUGGCCACCAUCUCCACCCAAGACCAGAUUAAAGGCCUGCCCUUCGGGAACAUCUUCUCGGUCAGUGACGGGCCUCUGGACAACAGCACGGGAGUCAUUUACUUCUAUGUGACUCCAAUGGAUAACAGUGUGUCAGACCUGAGGAGCAACCCCUACGCCUCUCUCACCUUCUCUGAGGCCGAGGGGGAAUUCUGCAGGCAGAUGGUGUACGAUCCAGAGGAUCCCAGAUGUGCUCGACUCACACUGACAGGGAAGAUGGUGGAGGUGGCGCCAGAGGAGCUCGCCUUUGCAAAGGAAGCCAUGUUCUCAAGACAUCCAGUGAUGGCCAAGUGGCCAGUGGGACACAAGUGGUUCUUCAUGAAGCUGGAGCUGGUCCAGGUCUGGCUGCAGGACUGGGUCGGAGGGACUUCCCUCAUUCCUCUGGAGGACUACUUCACAGCUACGCCCUACUGAGAGGAUCAGCCCCUCCUUUAAAAGCAGAUCUGUCUGUGACACACCGAGGUGCAGGUGGAGGGAAUCACAGCGCUGCCAUGUGCGACCAGAGAGUUUGUCAAAAUAUAGUCACCAUGUUAACUGGUGACGGGGAAUGUUCUUCACAUCUGUUCAUCUACUUGUUCUUUAGUUUGGCAUUUCACUCCAGAUCAAUUUCCUGUGCCUGAUCGCUGAAUGUAUUCUUAAAAAGAAAACAGCUCGGUCAACCAAAUCACUACAUUUUAUCUAUUUUUAUUGUGUGAAACCUGAUGACCGUUUGUGUGUGUGUGUGUGUGUGUUCACCCAGAUAUGUGUGCUAUUUUGAAAAUUAAAAUUAAAAAACUUCUGGCGCCAAAUUGUGGUGCAUAUAUUAAAGAAUGACUUUGUUGUGUUGCUGCCAUAUUGCUUUUAAACUAAGUAUGAACUCUCCUGAUCUGAUCUGUGUGCUGCUCAAACAAAACUGAACUGGCUGGUGUCUCCAGCGACACACUGCAUACAAAUGACAGCAAAACAAAGGUAUAGUUCAGGAUGUGACCACUAGGCGGUGCACUUUCUACAUGUGGAAGAUGGAGAUGAUUUCUAGUUUUUCACAUAGAAAGUCAGGAUACUGUAGUUCCUUCAACUCCCUGCACAAAACCCAGGUUUAGCUUGAUAACCACAGCUGUAAUUGAAAACGUAUACCCUGUCUCUUGCCUAUUGACUACAGUCUGAAGAAAGAAGGCCACAAAACAUAUAAAUACUACCAUAUAUCACUAAAAUUAGUUGGUAGCAGUAUUUUGUGGCAGCAUCUAAUACAUCUUGCUGUUUUAUUUUUAUGAAAUGUGCCCAUUUCAUUGGAGAGUUUGAAAAUACUGGAGUUUUAUAAUGAAUUAUCGACCAAAACAGAUUGUUUACAUCAACACGUUCC